AUGGGUUUCGUCAUGCUCACGCUCCUCUUCCUCUUCAUGGCCAUCUUCCUCAACGACCUCAAGACCAACCACACGACGAUCUUUGUUGUGAUGUACUCGUUCGCGCAGUUCUUCUUCAACUUUGGCCCCAACACGACAACCUUUAUCAUUCCGGCCGAAGUGUUUCCGACGGCCGUGCGCUCGACGGGCCACGGUAUCUCGGCCGCCUCGGGUAAGGCUGGUGCCAUCAUUGCAGCCCAGUGCUUUGCGGUUGUCGCCAAGACGUGGGGCUUUGACCGUGUGCUGUACAUCUUUUCGGCGUGCUGCUUUAUGGGUCUUCUCUUCUCGUUCUGGGUGCCGGAGACCAAGGGUCUCACGCUCGAAGAGCUCUCGGGCGAAGACGCCGAGUACAACGAGUCCAAGACGCCGUUCCCCAAGCAAGCUGGCGU